UUUAACAGUGAUUUGAAACUCAACUUCAUUUAACCACAACAUUAACCAUGUUAUUUUACUCGAUAUCGUUUGACUUGAAUUUAUCCCUGUCCCGCUAAUUUGUCCCCCAGAGGGGAAGUUCACCUGAGCAGCGCUAGGACCAAGGGGAAAACAGGUCUGAGACACACUUCACGGCCGGCAGAGGGGAGGUUUCGCUACGGCUGGAACUUGAACUAAAUUCCCGUCAACUAAAUUGCUCUUUAUUUGAAACAGUAAAAUCGUAGGAAUUAGUCCGCCCUGUGACUCUAAAGGGAAAAACCCCGGUUGAACUGGACGCCGGUUGUUGGGUUUGUGUUUUUCUUCCGCUUCCCUCUGCCCCUGAUCUUCCUGAAAACACCUGCGUGGCUCAGGUAACUCACCGAUGAGGAGGGAAGUCCUUGGAUCGUGAGCGGUGAAAAGGCUGGGCUGCUUUUGUUUUUUUUUAAAUGCUGGAGCUGUACUGAUGUUGGAACAGGACACACCCAUACACGCUGACCGGCGGGCCUGCAACACUGGCUGCGAAAGACUCAAGGUUGAUGUCGACACGCGCGAGGAGUAGAAGAGCCAUCGGAAAUGAAAUGACACCGAAGUUUGUCCUUCAGGGAUGUGUUCCAGUCAAAGUAUCUGCGGCGGCAACAACCGUCCCAACAGGUCCUCCAGCUCAGGUGGCACCAGUACAGGCGCCCAUUAUGCACUGUGCGCCCUGGGAGUCGGGCUCAUCGCCCUGGGUAUUGUCAUGAUUGUGUGGACUGUGAUACCCCUGGACGGAGAGGACUCAGCUGGGUCCCCCACUCCAUCAGGAAACUCCACCUCAGGGCCUGAGAGUGGGGGUGAUGAUGGGGAUUCGGAGAGCACAGAGAGCACAAAGUCUUCAUCAGUGGCUAUGGUGCUGGUUGGAGUUGGAGUAGCCAUGCUGCUCUUGUCCAUUUUCCUCGGUGUGAGGAGCAAGAGGAGAGCACGCAACAGAAGUAACCAGCAAGGGGCAACAGGAUCCCCCUUGAUGGACCAUGUGGCUAGGGAGCAGGAGGAAGCUGCUGAUGCAACUACGUACAAUGUGCCGAGCUAUGAGGAGGUCGUUGGCAGUGGCGACUACCCCGUCCGUCAGAGUAACCUUCGCCAGAGCACCUCCCAGCUGCCGUCCUAUGAGGACAUCAUAGCAGCUGUGGAAAAUGAGGGAACAGAGCCCACAAACAAUCCCACGGAGGCCACCCCACUUAAUGAUCCCACGCCGGCACCCGCCCAACCUGCUGCUGAUCCCCCGGCCGGCCCUCCUGGCCAUAUAUCAAACCCCAGCUUGCCCACCCGCAGCAGCAGCCGGGCCAGCCGUUUACUGCGGCCCCUGCGGGUGAGGAGGAUCAAGUCAGACAAACUGCACCUGAAGGAUUUUCGUCUCCAAAUCCGCAGCCCCACACAGAAUCCAGUCACCAUUGAACCCAUCACUCCGCCGCCACAAUAUGAAAAUAAGAUGCCUGAAUUACAGUAGGAGCUCUCCAUUAUUGCCUGUCCCUGAUUAAUAAGAAUAUCUCUGUGUGGAAUGGACUAAUGGUAAAGUUUUUGAAAAACACAUUUUCAAGGUUGGUAUUAAAUAGGUUAACUGCAGCUGCGUGCAGCGUAAUGGAGGCCACGUAGACAAGUUCCUGAAAUGAGAAUAUUUUGAGGGAAUCUCCUGUUCAUUAUCAGUGAACUUGUGAUUGGCAUAUUUAUUCUGUUAUAACGCAUUAUUAUGUCUUCGUGAAAGGAUCUUCUUUCAGAGUUGAGAUUUUUUUGAACACCAUGCUAUAAUGUCAAACAUACAACGGCCUUUCAGGUUUUUUUUUAAUAGCCAGUUGUAAUAUGUUUUUCACCUUACCAGGAAUUAUUAUUGUUGUUGUAUUUUGAGUAUGAUUAGUUGUGAACUGUGGAAAAUUUGAAACCAUAUCUUGUGAUUCAAAGGGGGAAAAGGGAAACUAAUUGCCUUGGAGGUUUUUCAGUGGUAUUAAUUAUCAUAAGAAUCUGAUUGCACCACCUUUUGUGAUUUGUAACUGAAGAAAAUGCACUGAGGUCAAAAAUUUUUGAAUCAACUGUUUCUUUCUGAAUGUUUCUUGUAAGUUGUUUUAAAUGCCUUGUCGUAAAGAAGCUGGUUCAAAUUACCUUUUUGAUACAGCUACCAGGAGAAGAUAAAAUAUUCUAUGGAACAGUAAAACCAGAAGUAAACUGGUGAAUAUUAUAGUGUGGGAUGUGAUAUUGGUAAUUGCUUCAUAGGACUUUUAUAAGUGUUUAAGUGUUGAAAUCCCUUUAACUACGAUGUAAUAUUUGUUAAAAAAAAAAAAAA